AUGUCUGGCAGCGCACUUGCCGUAUAUGGUCUUGAUGCCAGCGACACCCCCCAAGAUCCUUAUUAUCCACAAGCCGACCCUACAGGGCCUACAUUUCUUGACACGGGGGCAUGCGUUUGUGCUCUGCGGACGCUUCCUGCAGUUGAUAGCAAUGCGACAGCGUGGCAAUGCAUUGGAAAUCAGACACAGAACGUCUAUGUGGCGACGACGGGUAAAUGGUUUAAUACGUUGAACAGUGACAGCAAUGUCAAACUCCCCAUCUACGAUGCUUCCAAUGGCCCCAACAAUAGCACGACAUAUGGUUGGGACGAUAGCAAGUCACAACUCGUCGAGGUGACCGACCAGAGCGGCUUCACCGGGUACGAUAGAGCCUGCACCGCUGUGAAUCAGACAACUUUCUCGACGGCUUUCUACCGGGCUACAGAUGAGAUUGCUCGGAAUGUCACGCCGGUUGAUGCUGCGCCCUGUUGGAGGGCAGGCGCCGCUCCUAUUCAGUUGCAGAAUCUGACGUCGUGGGAGUCUCAGGGCUGCAUCGAAGGUUUCCUCUGCGCCAACAAUACGGCAAACAGUUUGCCGCAAUAUUGUCCACCCCUUACCGAAUGCCAGGAACUCCGGUUGGCUGGGGCGGUUUGUGAAUUCAAUGGGCAAAAUAUUGGCAUGGGCCCUUUCGAGCCGACGAUUUGUAGAGCCGGUUACUACUGCCCAAGUCCCGGAAAUGAAAUCAUCCAAUGUCCGUCGGGCUCGUACUGUCAACCAGGCGCUGCGAAACCGACCCCGUGCGGCGUUGGAGGUCUUUGUCCAGCUGGAUCUACCUACAACCGGAAUGUCAUUCCUAUUGUUUUCUUACUUCUCGUCGAUAUCGCCAUGAUAAUAGUCGCCCUUGUUUUCGUUAUCCGCCGCCGCUUCCACAAGACUGCCAGUGCGCAUGCGGCUACCUUGAAGAGCCGUCCCACUGGAUUUGGAGCUUAUGCGGCCAAGUCAUCUGGAUAUCACGCCCUGGACGACGAACACGACCAUGAGAACGAUCAAGAUACCGAGAUGCAACCAAUGCAGCCGGGACCCAUUCCUAGAUCGCAAACCUGGGGUUUCAAUGCCGUCAUGGAAAUGGGCUUCAACCGUGGAACGCGAGCUGAGCAAAUGGAGAAUGCCACUGGCAUGAGCCCUGAGCUCAGAUCCUUUGUAGAAUCUAUGCGCAGGGCUACGGAUGCUGCACAAUUUGGUCUCUCGUUCAGAUACAACAACUUGAGCUUUCAGCCGAAAAGGUCCUCCAAGAUGAUUCUGCAAAACGUCACUGGUUCCAUCGAUCGUGGAUCGGUUACGGCCAUUAUGGGUGGCUCGGGUGCUGGCAAAUCGACUUUUGUUAACGUGCUCAUGGGCAAAACCAACCACACGGGCGGAUCUGUCGCCAUCAAUGGCAUUCCUGGCAAGCUCAAACGGUACAAGAAAUUGAUUGGCUACGUCCCUCAGGAUGAUGUCGUCUUGCCAGAACUGACCGUCUACGAGAAUAUUCUUCAUUCGGCGCGGAUCCGUUUGCCCCGGACUUGGAAAGACAAGGACGUGGUAGCCCAUGUCAACGCUGUCAUUGACUGUCUCGAGCUUUCGCACGUCAGGGAUUCGUUGGUCGGUACUGUAGGCAAGCCCGUCAUUAGCGGUGGGCAGAGAAAACGUGUCAGCAUUGGAAUGGAGCUCGCCGCUGCCCCCAUGGCCAUCUUCUUGGACGAGCCAACUUCUGGUCUCGAUGCUACUGCGGCAAGUUCCAUCAUGGGAACGCUCAAGGCCAUUUCGCGCUUGGGUAUAUCCGUCAUUGUCAUUAUUCACCAGCCUCGCAUGGAAAUCUUUGACAUGCUGGACAACUUGAUUCUACUUGGCAAUGGCCAGCUCAUUUAUGAGGGCCCGGAAGCUGAUGUUCAACAAUAUUUUGAAGGCAACGGCUACCAAUUCCCACCACACAGCAACCACGGUGAUGUUGUUACAGACAUCAUCACUGGUAAUGGAAGGCCCUACAAAGCUGGCGGCGAAAUCUCCAAGGAGUCUCUCAUUGCCUACUGGAAAAACUCUCAACAAUCCUUGAGCUGGAACUCGAGGCCUGUGUCCAUGGCUCCCGUCGACAGCUCAGCCAUGAACCGGGUUCUCAAGACCCGAGGUGCUUCUAGAGUCAAGCAGACCUGGUUAUGCCUGCAGAGAGCCAUGCUACAGCAGUAUCGCAACGGUCUCGUCUUUUGGAGUGAAAUGACCCUAGCUAGUAUUGCCGGCUUCCUCAUUGGCCUGGCCGAGAACUCCAAGAAGGGCAUUCUCUUCACGGGCAUGUAUAAGGCACCAUUCGAGAUUCUCUCCGUGGCUACUGACUACAAGUCUGCCCCCGAGACUGCCCUGCUUAUUGCCAUUGCCAUUGGUCUGGUUUGCGCGGCGCCCGGUGUCAAGGUAUUCUCCGAAGAAAUGCUGCUGCAUCGCCGUGAGGCAGAGGCCGGUCAUUCGCGCCUGGCUUACUUUGUGGCCAAGUCGAUUGCCGUCUUACCGCGCAUGUUUCUCGGAUGUUUCCACUUUUCAACCUGGCUGCUGCUGCUCGCCGUGCCCGUCAUGAACUGGGGCAGCGCCUUUUUGGUCAACCUGCUCUACUUUUACUGCAUCUACGGACUGGCCAGCUUCCUGAGCAUGUUCCUGCGACGAGACGACGCGCCCCUCUUCGCCACCAUGAUUGCCCUCAUUGUCGGCGUCUUGUGCGGUGCCUCGCCGUCGCUGGCCAAGGUCCAGACGUGGCACCUCGAGUGGCUCUGGCGCGCGAGUCCCGCCGUCUGGUUGGCCGAGGUCUACGUGGGUCAAUUGGUCAGUCCCUUUGCCGACCUGUACAAUAUUGAGCGGGCUGCCCAGGCCACUGGGUACCACCUGGAUUGGUUCAUGAAUAAUCUCGCGGUGCUGUUUGGUAUUGGUUCUCUUUACCGCAUCCUGGCCUUUAUUGGCCUCUUCACUGGAAAGCGGGUGCGCAUUUAA